CCACAGUUCUCUGAGAUAAUUCGUUCAGAAAAGUUUGUUUAUUUCGGCGUUGAUGGUAUUUUGGGUGUUAUAAUCAGUUGUGGAGUUAAAAGUGAUUUACAAUCAAUUCAAUGGGGAAAAAAUUGGUAAACAAAAUGCUGUUGUGAAUAUCUCGCGUGCUAUUUUCUUAAUAAAUAACUUGAAAACCAAAUAAAUAUAUAACGUCACUUAUGCAAUUAGUAACAAUUUAUAUACGAGCGUUUGUUAUGAAGUUAACAUCUCAAGAAAGCAUAAGAGCUUGGAUAUUAUCAGCUCUUAUGGUCCAUGGAGCAGUUGCUGGAAAUCCUGAUGCCAAACGACUUUACGACGAUCUUCUCAGUAAUUAUAACAAAUUGGUCCGGCCGGUUGUUAAUACCACAGAUGUACUCAAAGUCUGCAUAAAGUUGAAGCUCUCGCAACUAAUCGAUGUUAAUCUCAAAAAUCAGAUCAUGACGACGAAUCUAUGGGUGGAACAAUCUUGGUAUGACUACAAGUUGAGAUGGGAGCCUAAGGAAUACGGUGGCGUUCAUAUGUUGCAUGUUCCCUCUGAUCAUAUUUGGAGACCCGACAUCGUGCUUUAUAAUAAUGCUGAUGGUCAUUAUGAAGUAACACUUAUGACAAAAGCAAUAGUCUAUAGUAAUGGAUUGGUGAUUUGGCAACCACCUGCCGUCUAUAAGUCCUCUUGUUCAAUCGAUGUGGAAUAUUUUCCAUAUGACGUUCAGACGUGCAUCUUAAAAUUAGGAAGUUGGACCUAUGAUGGUUUUAAGGUGGACUUAAGGCAUAUGGAUGAGCAACAAGGCAGCAAUAUUGUCGACGUUGGCGUAGACUUAUCUGAAUUUUACAUGUCAGUUGAGUGGGAUAUACUAGAAGUGCCAGCUGUAAGGAACGAAAAGUUUUACACUUGUUGCGAUGAGCCUUACUUGGACAUAACUUUUAACAUAACCAUGCGAAGAAAAACACUUUUCUACACCGUGAACAUCAUUAUACCAUGUAUGGGUAUCUCAUUUUUAACAGUUCUUACUUUUUACUUGCCUUCGGAUAGUGGAGAAAAGGUUACAUUAUCCAUUUCAAUUCUUAUUAGUCUUCACGUGUUUUUUCUGUUAGUCGUCGAAAUUAUUCCACCAACAUCAUUAGUUGUACCCUUGUUGGGAAAAUAUCUAAUAUUUGCUAUGAUAUUGGUUUCCAUAAGCAUUUGCGUUACAGUUGUGGUACUCAACGUUCAUUUCCGUUCUCCUCAAACACACCGUAUGGCACCAUGGGUUAAACGAGUUUUCAUAAACUUCUUGCCCAAAUUUCUAUUUAUUAAGAGACCAACAUAUAACUUCGAAACAAGUAAAUUGCUUUUGAAGGAUGCUCAUGCCUGUUUUUAUCCUUAUUACUCUUCGACCAACAUCGAUCGUCUGGUGGGUUCUGGAUAUAGUCACACACCUUCAAAAGAGGAAUUGACAACACAAAGCCUAACAAGCACAGGACCCUUUGGUGGGAGCUGUCAAGUCCAUGGUCCUUUACCGCAACUUACUCAUUCGAGCUCUGAAGAUUUAACAGCGGUUCCCGAUUUAGACAUUGGAAAUUCUGGAAUAAGAAGCCCAAUUUUAAAUAAUCCAGCAUUUUCGCAUUCAAAAUGCCCUCCACGAGUUCAUCGCAGCUGUUUUUGUGUUCGCUUUAUUGCCGAACAUACUAAAAUGCAAGAGGAUUCUACUAAAGUUAAAGAAGAUUGGAAAUAUGUCGCAAUGGUGUUGGAUAGAUUAUUUCUAUGGAUUUUCACGUUGGCUGUUGUAGCUGGUACAGCUGGAAUCAUAUUGCAAGCACCAACUCUUUAUGACGAUCGAAUUCCAAUAAUUGAACAAAAGGAUUUGGAGUUUUCCGGAACUUCUGCUGGCCGCUGUAGACCCCCCCAAUAGCAUUUUUAUUCCAAAACCGCGCAUAUAAUUUCGAAUUGACCGUAAUGUACUUGUGUGUCAAAUCAAUCAAUCACAAACGCCAGCAUUACAGUUUUCAUACAAAAUUUAUUUUUUCAAACAAGAAAAUCUAUUGUGAAAGUGCCAGAUAUAUUGGUAUUGAAGCAUUACUCAGCUUGGCCCCUUAAAAAAUAUAAUACAUAAUUUGUAAACCAAUUCAAGUUAAUCAUUAUUUUAAUCAUUAUGUUUAAUUUUAGAUUAUGAAAAUUUAAUAUUCUUCGUUAGUAUUACAAAUUACAUUAAUUACCCUUAAUAGUAUGUAACAGAAACCUAUAUAUUUUUGACCGACCCUUCGAAGUGUUAUGUAAACAUAUCGGUAAAAUGUUAAGCCACUCCAUGAAAAUAAUUUGUGUUUUAUCCUGUAUAUAAUGAAAAUAAUAGUCCAUUUAGUUUAUAAAAUCUCUAAUUAUAUUCUGUUUAAUUAUAUAAUUCAAAUAGUUUACCGUCAGCAAAGAAAAAUCUCUAUAGAUAAAUCGAACUUUCUAUACCCUGUACCCAAUUAAACGCAUGAAAUCAGGUAGAAAAAUAUUCAAGUUUUUAUAAAGCUAACAUUCUUAGGUUUGUAGUAUUUUAAUAACCGGAAAUUUAUGUAUAAAUUUAUGUAUAACAGAUUUGAUCACUCACUUUUUUCAAAUUUAAAUCGUCUUUUUAAUGUGCUUUUCCCAAAUGAGCAAACUUUUUGUCGUGUGGAAAUUCUAUAUAUUUCGCAACCUCCACAUAUUUAAUAUGACCCUAAAAUUAGCACGUAACAUAAUUAUUGCUUAAAUAACUUCUACAAUUUAUAUCCGAUCGCAACGGAAUUUUCAGGUAUCAUAAAUACUGUAGUGCCGGGAUAAUAGAUGGCGUGGCACUUGUUAUAAUGCAUAUGUGCGAGAAAUAUAUCUCUAUCUUUUAUAGUAUCUAAGAUAUAGGUGUUCAUACGGGCGGACAAACUGACGAAUGUGGCUAUAUCGUCUAAGUCUCUAUCGCACAUAAAUAUGAAAUACUCAGCUAUUUUAAUAAAUUGUCCUUAAAAAGAUAUACAAGUUCUCAGCUUUUUCACAAAGUUUAUACUUGACACUGGGUAGCGGGUAACUCCAUAAAAUAAACAUUUGUUGAUUAGCGUCAGUAGCUGAGAAACUAUUAACAGUUGUUAUUGUUUUAGAUUUUUGCAAAUUAUAAUUACAUUCUAUAUGAAUGUAAAAAAAUUAAAAAUUGAUU